GAUUUCAUCAUGAUCAGAGCGCAUUACAUCCUCAUUGUCGGAGCUGGACUUUUUGUUUUUAAAAUUCCACCUGGGAAGGCUCUUCUGGAAAACACCAGCGACUGUUGUGGGAAAAAUCAGAGAGUAAAUGGAACUUGCCUGAAUGCCACUCAGUGUGAUUCAAUGAUGUGUCCACAUGUUCUGGAGAACAACACUGUUGUAUGUGUUCACUGUGACUCAGUCUUAUCGGACCUGGAGAACUCCACAGCGUGCAACAACUCAAGGACCAACGAUCGCACCUUCAUAUCUACUGUGCUUAAGAUUGGAGAAGGUGGGCCAGGUGUGGCAGCCUCUGUCCUUCUGGGAACUUUACUCCUCAGUCUCUUCCUCAUCCUGUCUGUCGCCUCCUUCUUCUACCUCAAACGCUCCAACCGACUCCCCGGGCUCUUCUACAGGCGCAACAAAGCCUUCAUAUUCCAACCCAGUGAGGCAGCUGUCAUGAUACCUACGACCACAUCUUCCGGACGGAAACCGAGAUACGUCAGGCGAGAGAGGCCCUCGGCGACACCAGCCACCGGCGCCGCUACCAUAGCAACGGGGGCUGUAACCAAAGUGUAUAACGUGUGAUAAGUGGGUGGGACUCAGCUACGCAGGCUGGCGCUGAUGCAGGCGGCUUCUGGAAUCUGCCAGUCCAUCAGCGUUUCCUGGUCGGACCUUCUACCACUUUGUUUCCAGACCAGCUGUUGAAUUUAUUUUUCUUCUUCUUCUUUUUCUCUUGUCCGAGAUGUGCUAGUGACAGUAAGAAGCUAGCAUUAGCCUUUAUACCGAAAGCCUG